GCUGUUGCAGAUGUGAAAUUUGGGAUCGCAAGACAGCGAUGGGGAAACUCUCUGGAUUUUAGCUGCGAAGACAGGUGAAGGGGGCAGACACAGCUAUUGGUGUUCAGCACUCUGUGCUAUCUGAUAGAGAGGAGAGAGAGGGUAGCUUUUUUCUAGAGUUACUUCACGAAGCGUAGGUAAAGACAUUCUGAAGUGGACGACGUUUGCACCAUCACUUCUCAGUGACCGUGGCCCAGCCAGUGCCCCUCAAUUAGGCUUCCUCAGUACAAGGCGCAUGGCGUCUGCUGGGUGAUAACAGUGUUCCGGAGACAGCUGCCAUCGUGUUUUUCUUUUGAAGAGGUUUAUCUCUACCUACAAUCUGCUGCCGCAACGAAAUUUACAACAUCAAACAUUUUGUUGUCGAUGGCAGCGUUUUUCACAGCUAUAGAAAAUCUUUAAUCUUUAGUCUGGAUCUCCUUCUUCCUAGCACGGGCCACAUGUUGUGAUUUACAAGCCCAUGGAUCAUCGACAGGGCUUGCGUUUCAUGACAAGUGAUCUAUGGCCUCGUAAGAUAAAAGGUAAAUCUGAGAUUGCUUGAAAUCUGCCGGAUGUUGGCCACGAGCCAUCUCAUAUGAUCUGGUUCGUUCCAUUUGUGAGCAGGACACAGUUUGCUUACAUCCUGAUUCUGUAAAAUGAGCGGACAGAUUGUGCUCGUGUCGACGGCUCUGUUGCUCCUGCAGACGGCUGCUGGGGCUACGGUCUCCGACGGCGGUGAUCACAGGAACAGGAGCAGCCCCGAUGUCGACAUCGUGGACAGAUUCUUGCACUACGUCGAAGAAGUUGAGCGAAACAAACACAACUGUUCUGCUGGGACCUCCUUGAAUCUAGGGGAAGGCGUUGUGCUCGACUACGGCAGGAAACGCUUCCGAGCCCAAGCGUUGGUGGCGGUUAACCGCGCCAACUUCCUCACACGGCUUUGGAAGGACAACAUCCCCAACAUCGUGGACUCCGAAGGCUUCUUCUUCGAGGCGGUCCGAUCGAUGGUGGAGGCGGACGGAGCUUUGUUUGGCGCCGGGAACUGUUACGCCGAGUGGGAGUUCCGGGAUCAUCGACUCUUCUGUCCGUACGCCCACAGGACUGAGGACGGCAUGAUCAAUGUGAAGGACCUGUCCGUGGAGUAUGAUUACACCGGAGAGGAGUCGGAAUGGUUUUACGAGGUCAGGAAGAACGCCAUGGAGAGGAGCAGAGGAAAUGUGACUAUAGGUCUCUUUACACAAAGAUACAACGCCACAGCUCAAGGGGAACCUGUAGAAGAAUCGUCCUUAUUAGUCAGCUACGAGGACGGCCACUGGAGUCUGCCGUACUUCGACUGUGGAGGCGGCAACAUCUGGAUGAUGACCUUCACCGUGCCCGUGUUUGGCUUCAAGGACGACAGUUACUUCUUCAAGGCCACGAGUGGAAUCGACAUUGAUCUGAGGCAGGUAGAUGUCAACCAGUGUGCCAACAUGUCAGGGGAAGAGAGAAACGUGUUUGCUAACUCACACAAGUGCAAGAGAGACACUACAAAGUGCGUGCCGAUCUCAGGGCUCGGUUUCAAGGUGGGAUCCUACCGAUGUGAGUGUAAGAAGGGCUUCUACUUCCCGGACACGACCUCGGCAACACCUUACUACAACGGGACAGACGUGGAGCAGCACUACAAGAGGAAGAAAAGCGGGGUCACUAAUGACUACGAUAAGUCCUUCUCCUGUCUGAGAUGUAGUCCUGGUUGUGACGAAUGCAUAGACGACCGACCUUGUAUCCUGGAAUGGGACUGGACCCUGCGUACCGGUGUGCUGGGUGCACAGCUUCUCAUAGUUGGCCUUAUCAUCCCAGUACUUCUCACAUUUACCUUCAAAUACGCCGACGUCAAGGUGUUGAAGGCCGCGAGUCCGGUGCUACUUCGGCUUGUGCUCCUGGGAGCUGUACUUUUAUACUGCCCGGUUCUGGUGGCCUAUUCCCCGCCCACUGUGAUCACCUGCACACUCAAGUCGUGGUUCCGCGAGGUCGGCUUUGCCGUGGCUUACGGUGCUCUGCUUCUGAAAACAUGGAGAAUUUCGGUGGUAUUCCGUGUCAAGUCUGCUGCACCAGUCCGCAUCACGGACCAGGAUCUUAUGAAGUACCUUCUCGGCAUCGUGCUGAUCUUCGCGGCUCACGUGGCCGUGCGAACCAUCGUGGAUCCACCCCGGGUGGUCACCAGCCGCGCCCGAGGGGAGCUCAAAACCGUCCAGUGUCCGUCCGACUGGUGGGAUCACUCAGCUGCUAUUGGCGAACUCCUGCUGCUGGUCUGGGGAAUCCGCUUGUGCUGGGUGGUGCGCAAGGCUCCGUCAGAGUUCAACGAAAGCAAGUUUAUCACCUGGGCCAUCUACAACGAGACACUUCUAUCUGUCUUCCUGAACAUAGCCAUGAUCUUCCUGCAGGACCCAGCUGACCCGGAUGUUCAGUAUGUCCUCCUGUUCGCUCACAGUCAGCUGACUGCCACCAUGAUGCUCGGACUGCUCUUUGGGAGCAAGGUAUACAUGAUCUACAAGUGUAAGCGCAGUCAGGAUCUGCCACAAACGGGAACCACAACGACAACACAGGCCAAGAGCACGCCGGCCAGCUCUGCAUCAGGGAAGUUCCUGCUGACGAAGAAACCCGGGCAGCAGCUGCAAACACCAAUAGAGGACUGGAUCUUGGCAGACAGUCAGAUUCCACUGAAUACUGAACUCAAUUCCGUAACAGCUGACAAUGGACCGGUUACCGUUGAGGUUGAGGUGGAACAGAUCGAAAAACUUCUUCAGAACGUCAAGGAGCGCUGCCGUUCCUCACAGGACAAAGACGACAUCUUGAGAAAGGUGGAGGCCAUGUUGGAUGCCGGUGGUAGCGCUCAAGAACCCAGCCACAUAAACAACGGGGUCCAGACCACAGCUUAAAACUAAUGCAAGGGUAGAUCGAAGACUGUAGAAUGUGAGCACCAAUAGGUCAUGUUGACCGUCUUGGAAAAUUCGGCUUGGGUCAUACCAGUGGAGUCGACAUUUGGAUACGGCUUUUGGCAACCGCUCAUGGGCCGAGCUUUUGUAAAUGAUGUAGCCCUAAAAGAUGUAAAAAGGAAUUUUGGAGUUUUGAUUUGCAGGGCAUACAGAGUUAUGCAGAGUGUGAGUUUAUUAGUAUUGCACUUUAUUUCCUUGUUAUUUACGUUGUUAGGUCUAUCUUUAUCUUUGUGACGUGCUCACUUUUUGUGAAGUUGAAUCUAGUGAGUAACACUAUAACAGAUCCGAGUGAUCUGUAGAUAACAUGCAUUUCUUUCUCUUGUCACUCAUUCAAAGAGAAUAUUAUAGCAUUGAAAUGUGUAUUUCUCCGUUAAAGAUAAAUGUCUAUAGAACUGUUUGGCCAUCAGGUACAAGGGCAUGUACACGGAGGUAGAUGUACAUAUUACCAUAGUGAUUACAUUUCACUCAUCACUUACAUCAGUCAGAUCAUUGACUCAGAGGUUUUUGAUG